AUGGAUACUUUGUAUUCAAACUUAUUCAACCCUCUCUAUAAUUCCCACUUUUUGCUCCUUUUGUUUUUGGCAUCUUCAUAUUUGCACACCAACAGUCACUUCUGUUUCUGUUUGGUUGAUGGAGUUCCAAGCACUGGUAGUGCAAGAUCAUGCAUCGAGGAAGAGAGAAACGCACUUCACAGUUUUAAACAGGAUCUCAAGGAUCCCUCUGGAAGGCUUUCUUCUUGGGUGGAUCACGAUUGCUGUCAAUGGGAAGGAAUUUCUUGCAACAACCGCACCGGUCAUGUGGUGAAACUGAGCCUACGGAAUCCAUAUCCACAUCUCAUAUGGUAUGAUGAAGAGUCGGACAAGUUGGCUUAUAACCAGUCUUGCUUGGGGGGUAAGAUAAAUCCUUCUUUGCUUAGCUUGAAAUAUUUAAAUUAUCUGGAUCUAAGCUACAAUGAUUUUGAUGGGAUUCACAUCCCUAAGUUCUUUGGGGAGCUUAAAAGUCUGAGGUAUCUCAAUAUAUCGUCUGCAUCAUUUUCGGGAGAGAUUCCCCAUUCUCUUGGUAACUUAUCAAAAUUGAACUAUCUUGAUCUUGACCUCUCCUUUUCCUAUGUGCUUCCCUCAUUACAUUCCAAAAACUUGAAUUGGCUUUCUCAUCUCUCUUCCCUAAAAUACCUCAAUCUCAAUCAAGUGAAUCUUAGCAACGUAGGAGUUACAAAUUUGCUGCACCAUGUUAACAUGUUUCCUUCCUUAUUGGAGUUACACUUAUCUGAUUGCUUGGUGGAAAGCGCAAAAGUUCCACUAUCACUACAGAAGAUUAACUUCACUUCACUUUCGGUCCUUGAUCUGUCAUAUAAUUCCUUCAAUACUUCUUCAUUUCCCAACUGGCUUUUCAAUCUUACUAGCCUUAGAAAACUUGAUCUAAGGGAGAAUUCUUUCAGUGGUCAUUUUCCUGGUGAACUUGCAAGCCUCAAAUAUCUGGAAUACCUAGAUUUAUCUUAUUUGGGCCUCAAAGGUCUAAUUCCCGGAGUCAUUGGAAAUAUGUCCAAAUUGAAGUUUUUAAGUCUUAAGGGGAACUAUUUUUCUGGUGAGAAAAUUGAAGAGUUUUUUUGGAGCUUGUCAAAUUAUCCAAAUAACACAAUAGCAUUAGAAUCACUAGAUUUGUCUUCUUGUGGGCUGGAAGGCCAACUGCCGGCCUCCUUAGGAAUGUUAAAAAGUUUGAAGCAUCUACACCUUUCGGGGCUUUUACUUUGGGGUUCAAUUCCAGAAUCUAUUGGAAACUUAUCAUCCUUGCAAACAUUGGAGCUCUUUGGUAGCUAUAGGAACGGCUCCAUUCCAGAAAGUUUGGGAAAACUCUCCGAGCUAGUUACGCUAGAUCUUUCUUGGAAUUCAUGUGAAGGCUUUCUAACGGAAGCCCAUUUCACAAAUCUCACCAGAUUAAAAGCUCUUCAAAUUUCCAUGGAUGAAAUAGAGAAGUCCAUGUGCCCCAUUUUAAACGUGGCUUAUGAUUGGGUUCCUCCUUUCAAGCUCCACGGCCUUUAUAUAAGUGACUGCAAAGUGGGUCCCGAUUUUUGGAUAAUGCUUCAAUCUCAGACUGAACUAGUACAUGUCAGGCUUAGUAAUACUUUCAUCUCGGAUUCCAUACCAAAGGAAUGGUUGUCGAAGAUAUCUUCCCAAGUCAAAUAUUUGGAUUUAUCUUACAACAACUUCAGUGGAAGGCUUCCAUCACAAUUAAAGUUUCCAAAGCUACAGCGUAUCAGUUUGGGUCAUAAUCAAUUGGAAGGCCCACUUUCACUUUGGCCCACUAAUGUCAUCUCCCUUGAUCUUCAAAGCAAUUUAUUUUCCGGUCCAAUACCCUCCAAUUUAGACCAAUUGAUGCCCAAAUUGAUAUAUUUGGAUGUUUCUGAGAAUCUUUUGAAUGGUACUAUUCCACUCUCUAUUUGCAACAUGAAGGAUAUGUAUGUCAUUUCGCUAAGACACAAUCAACUAUUUGGAGAGUUCCCUCAACGGUGGAGUUUGUGGAGUGGAAUAGUCAUUAUUGAUGUCUCACACAACAAUCUUUCUGGUAAUAUUCCGAGUUCAAUGGGUAUCCCAAGUUCUCUUGAAACAUUUAAGGUGAAUAAUAAUAAUUUUAGUGGUGAGAUUCCUUUUUCCUUACAAAAUUGCACUUCUUUGAUCGUACUUAAUCUUGGAGGCAACAAAUUCACUGGAAACCUACCUUUAUGGAUUGGAUCAAAUGUAUCCACCUUGGAAGUGUUACAACUGCGAUCCAACCUUUUAAGCGGGCAUAUCCCUCCCCAUUUCUGCAAUCUUCCACACCUUCACGUCCUAGACCUUGCUCACAACAACUUUUCAGGGACCAUUCCUAAGUGUCUAAAAAAUAUGACUUGUCUAGUUGAAGUUAAUUAUACAUGCCGAAGGUUCACCUGGCUUGAAGACUAUUAUGGAGAAACAACAAUAACGUCAAAAGGGAAAGAGCUCGAAUAUGGAGAUGGCCAGUUAGCCAUGUGGGGAAACAUAAUUGAUCUUUCGUCAAACAGUUUUGAAGGUGAAAUCCCUGAACAAGUAGGCAGUCUGGUUGAAUUAAGUACAUUGAACUUGUCGAUGAAUCGAUGA